CUUUGGAGUUGUGAAUUUCGCUCAUCACUCACUAGAGCAAAGUGCUCAUCAUCGUGUUGCCAUGGUGUCCUCACUCAGACCAAAGGCUCGCGGGCGUGGAGUGAACCGGCAGGCAGAUCAGCCAUUUGCUGCUCGCCAGCGAGCUCGGACGGAGUUGGUAGAGGUAAAUCUCCAGCGGUCUGAGAAGAAGAGCAUUGCCAAGGUUGCCCGGAGAGCAGCUGGCACGUUCGGCAAUCAACGUGUCUGCAAUGCCUCAGCUGCAGGUGCGCUCCGGGGUGUGGCCUGCUACCGCCUCACUGUGGGCUAUGCCGCCUGCGCCGCGGCGCUCGGAGCAGCGGCGGCCGCCGCAGCGGCGGCCGGACUGGAGGAUGCUGGCGAGGUCGCAGCUGCAGCAAUGCUCGCUCUCCAGGAAGUACUGGGGUCUGCACAUGCAGCUUGAGCUGACCGGGUUUUGAUUCCCCCAAGCUCUCAAAGGGAUGGCCGCCUCACCAGGGGCCUUGUCCCACUUUGACCUUAGCGGACCCUGGGUUGUUGCCACCUGCACAGCUGCAAAUUCAAGAGAGCUUCCGACUUGCUCUGUUUGCAAGCUGCCUGUGGGCAGAAUUCAGUUUGGCACUUCCCGCUCCCCCUGAAUCGCUGCACUGGCUAUUCUGUGAUCGCCAGCACAUGCACAGAGAAUUGUUACGC